CGUCGGAAUCCCCUCAGAUGCAGGCUAUAAAAUCCUUCAUCCCAGUUACAGACCCAGCAUUGCACUGCUGACAGAAGCAGGGAAACGAAUAAUCGCGUUGGAUAUCAUAUUAACCUGUACACAUUCAAAUCAACUUUAAACAAUGGAGUUUACUAUAAUGAUGAUUUUGGCAUUACCUGUGGCAGCGAAUUCAUUUGUUAUGGAAUUGGAGCCACGUAAUACGGUGUUACAAGUUGGCGACAGGCAGGUGCUGAGAUGUAGCGCCAGGGACUGUUCCGAGAGCACCACCCUCACCUGGGCUUCCCUCGAAGAUAAGCCGCUUUCCGGGAGCGUGGAAAAUCCCUCCGCAUCGGAAUCCCUCCUCAUCUUUGAUCCCGUAUCCGCAGCGCAUGAUAACACGUUUGUUUGCAAAGUCAGUUGCGGGAAUAAAAGGAAACAGAUGUAUGCAUCCGUUAAAGUUUAUUCUUUCCCAAGAGAACCUUUCAUUUCGGGGAAUGGCCACAUGCUGGUGGGUGAAGCUACUCUCACCUGUGAGGUGCCGGCAGUCUAUCCUCCAGAGUACAUGGUGAUUGAGUGGUUGCAGGGCGGGAGAGUCCUUCACACCGACGAGGGAAGAGCAGACAUUUCAACUGUCACCUCCAGAUACAAAUACAUGGCAACAAGCGAAGACAAUGGAAAAGCUAUUACUUGUAGGGCCCGGCAUACUUUUGAAGGGGUUCCUGAGGAUGAGAGGAUAAAGGAAACCACGGUUUCUUUGAAUGUGAUGUAUGCACCCAGGGAUAUUAGGAUAUCAGAGACAGCCGUGGUGAAAAUGGGAGCAAAUUUGACACUGGCAUGCACUGCAGAAGGAAACCCACGGCCAGUGACAGUGUGGAGGAAAGUUGGGCCUGCAGGCCAGUCUGUCACAGUGGGUGAAAAUGAGACUCUCGUCUUCGGUCAUGUGACAGUGUCCCAUGCUGGCACCUAUGAGUGUGAGACAAAAAGCAUGCUGGGAAACCUCACAGCCACGGUGAAUGUCACUGUGCAAGGUCCUCCAAGGAACACUUCCAUCACAGUGAGCCCGGCCAGGGAGCUGAAGGAAGGGGACAACGUGACCAUUUCCUGCUACACGGACAGCGUACCAGCGGGCUGUCUGGUUCUGCGCAGGGUGUCUGAGGGUCAGAAAACGGACCUACAGACCAGCUCUGACUCCACCACCUCCAUCUCCCUGCCCUCUGUCCAGCUGUCUGACUCAGGCCUGUACGAGUGUGAGGCCCUCAAUGAACACGGGAGCCAGGCUGCCAGCACCCAAGUGACUGUCGAAGUCCACCCCCUUGAGGUGGAGCUGAGCCCAGGGGACGGUGUGAUCACUGUGGAGAGAGGGGCCAGCGUCAUCCUGGCCUGCAGGGCCACGGGCUGUCCCUCCCCAGCCUUCUUCUGGAAGAGCCCGCUGGAUGCGUCCGUUCGCCGCCGGAGCCAGACCCAGGGGCCCCUCUCCCAGCUCUUUCUCAGCCCAGUGGAGCUCCAGGAUGAGAGAGCCUACACCUGCGAGGUCAAGUGCGGCUCAGUCCUGAAGUCAAAGGGCACAGAGAUAAAGGUCUUCUCCUUUCCCUCAGACCCGGUGAUUGAGAGCAGUGGCGCUCACGUGGAGGGAGAGGUGUCCACCCUGCGCUGCAGCGUACGGGACGUCUUCCCCGCCGAACGCCUGCGGGUGGACUGGUUGGACGAGGAGAGGCUCCUGCUCUCAGAGGAGGGCUCCUUCUCCAGCAGUCUGCAGAACCUGACCUCCACACUGACCUUCACGCCCACGGCAGGGCACCAGGGCAAACGGGUCACCUGCAAGGCUACUUUUCAAAUGGAGGGUGUCCCCAGGAACAGGACUGUGAGGACUGCUGUGACCACUGUGACGCUUCAAUAUGCCCCCCGGAACACAUCCAUCACAGUGAGCCCGGCCAGGGAGCUGAAGGAAGGGGACAACGUGACCAUUUCCUGCUACACGGACAGCGUACCAGCGGGCCGCCUGGUUCUGCGCAGGGUGUCCGAGGGUCAGAAAACGGACCUACAGACCAGCUCUGACUCCACCACCUCCAUCUCCCUGCCCUCUGUCCAGCUGUCUGACUCAGGCCUGUACGAGUGUGAGGCCCUCAAUGAACACGGGACCCAGGCUGCCAGCACCCGAGUCAUUGUGAAGACACCCCCCAGGAACACCACGGUCCAGGUGUUCCCAUCCUCACAGGUGCAGGAGGGCCAGAAUGUCACCAUCUGCUGCAGGACAGUCAGUUUCCCUCCGCCUGCGGUGAUCCUGAGGAAACUGGACGGCGGCGCGGAGCUGUACUCUCCCAAUGGCACGUUCCUCCUGCUGAACCUCACCCUGCGUGACACGGGCCUGUACCAGGUCAACGUCACCAACGACCUGGGCUACGAGACAGAGGUCUUCACCAUCAGCGUCAUGGAGAGACAGUCAAGCCCUCCGCCUAGCUGGAAUGACUUUAUCGUCCCUGUCAUUGGGGUGGCUGCCGUGGUGACCGCGGUGGCCAUGACUGGCCUGGCCGUCCACUACCUGAACCAGGCUCGUAAGCGGGGCCUGUACGAGCUGGCGAAGUCCACGCCACGCACCGUCUAACUACCUGGAAAAGAAGGGGGUUUCCUCAAAGUCUUCACCCUGGCACCAAAGGAAGCUAGCUGUGCUGCUGAUGAUGAAGGUAUCACGAUGGUGUCACAGCACUGGCGCUGAAGGGUUUAAUUUUUGAGGACGUCUGCGGGGAGCAGGGCCGUUUGCUCCUGGACAGGAACGCUGUAUGCACGCACUGCUUGUACAGUUUUGCUGCUGUACACAGUGGGAGCUCCCAGUGCGUUACAAGCUGUUCGCUCAGCUUUGUCUUGGAGACUUCUCCCGGAUAAACACUGAAAGACUGAAGAGACUGUCAAAUGAAUGCCAGCCAUGUUUGCUAUCCCAUCCUUCUGUUUCUAGGCAGCUUUUUACCCUAACCACUGAACUGAACAUUGCAACAGGAAGGAUGAAUGUGAUUUACUCCAUGAUAAGUUAGUUUAAUUACAUGAGGUGUGAUAAAUUGUAAAAAGUUAAUAGCACUUAAGAAUAUCUUAAUUACAACUCUACUAAACAAACACCCAUUGAAAGAACGUUUGAACUUUAUUAAACCAGCAACUGAAUUAGUAAUGCUUUCUUCAGUAUGAUGUACAUUCAAAGUUCAGUCUAAUUACAUCUCUGUUGCUAUUUUACACAAAUGCGUCACACCUUGCUCUGUGAUUGUACUGUGAGAGAAAUGUACUAGGUGUCAGAUUCAGGUUACUGUAGAACAGUAACAAGACUACGUGUCCCCAUUUAUCACUGUUUCCAGUUAAGAAGCAGACACAGCUACUGUACUAUUUGGGAGAAUUCUAUGGUAACAGAAUCACAGAAUAUUCACAUAGAAAAGGGAAUAUGAAACCUGGUCAGUCUAAUACUGUUUGCAGCCAUGCUGAAUCUAGUAGGGCCAGUUCUGGUACGUUUAUAUUUUUGGGAAGUAAUUCGAUAAGCGAGUAAC